AGUCUCCUAAACUACUUAAUAUAUUUAUAUAUUAUAUCUAGUCUUUCCGCAGUUAUUAUAUUACCGCCCGCACGAUUUAACCCCUUCUAUACGAAUAUCCUCUUAACAUAUAUUUUCGCCUUUAAUAUUAAUAACCCCCUUUUUUACUUAGAUUACCUCAGCCUUAGCAGCAUUAAAUAA